AUGGCGUUGCAUAACUAUAUAUACCUGAAGCAUAAGUCACACGACCCAGAGUGCCAUACACUUAUAGCCCGGGAACACGACACAAGACCUGUUCCUCAGCGGAUGGUAACGCUAGACACAGACAACGGGGCUCCCAGCACAACUCCAGCGGGGAAAAACGAUAAAAAUGAUGGCUGUUGUGGUGAUUGCCAGGGAAAUUGCAGCGGUGAGAAAAGUAAAAAACUUGCCGAAAUAUCGUGGUAG